GUGCCUGCACUCCCCAUGGUUCAAAACCAUUAGUACCCAUUUCGUGUUAUUCUUGUUGUUGUAAGAGAUUCAAUAGAGAUGGAAGGUUGCCGCAGCAGCAGCUCAUCUGCUUCAUAUACUCUUAUUGCAGCUAUGCUAUCGUUACUCGUCUUCACCGUCGAUGUGAAAUCAAGCUCGGCCCAACAAAUCAUUGUUGGACAAACCAACGCCGAGUUCAUCAACUCAGAUGGAGAAACCAACAUCGAUUUCAUCAUCUCAAGUUGCAACGUAACAAGGUAUCCCCGUCUCUGCAUCGACUCUCUAUCCAUCCACGCAGACACCAUCCAAAAAAGCCCACGACGAUUGGUUUAUGCCGCCUUGUCUGUGAGCCUAGCUAGCGCCCAAUCGACUAUUCCCAUGAUGCACCAGUUUUUGAAUUCGACAGAGCAGGCUGCCGUGAGGGACUGCAUCGAGACCAUCGGCGAUUCAAUCGAUAUGCUGAAGAAGUCGAUAGAGGAGAUAAGCUACCUUAAUGAACCCGAUUUCGAAUUCCACAAGGAGAACAUCCAAACGUGGGUGAGUGCUGCAAUGACAAAUGGGGACACAUGCUUAGACGGCUUCACGGACAUAAGUGUCAUGGAUGGGGAUGUGAAGAGUGCAAUCACAAGCCUUGUUGAGAAUUUGAAUAAGCUAACAAGCAAUGCUUUGGCUCUGAUCAACAAACUUACUCCCACUCAAUCCACUUCUCGUUAAUUCUCUUCUAGUUUCUAUAUUAUUAUUAUGAUAUUAUCUUGUUAUGGUUGUUAUCUCCAUGCCUGAUGGCUUUAAUGAUUAUAAAUAAAGAUGAAGUUGUUUGCUAA